UGCAUCGCACGUUCCGAUUGUAAUUAUUUCAAGAUGGCUGCGCUGUUUGGAACUUCGACGAGUGGCCGAACCCAGAGUAAAAAUCUGGUUGAAUUUAGGGCCGGUAAAAUGUAUAUGAAGGAGAAAAUGGUUCAUCCGGAUAAGAGGAAGGGUCAAGUAUAUGUGUAUCAGUCUGAUGAUUCUCUUAUGCACUUCUGUUGGAAAGAUCGAACAUCCGGCAAUGUGGAAGAUGACCUUAUCAUCUUCCCUGAUGACAUUGAGUUCAAGCAUGUCCCACAGUGCACCACUGGGCGUGUCUAUGUCCUCAAGUUCAAGUCCUCUACCCGCAAGAUGAUCUUCUGGAUGCAGGAGCCUAAGAGUGAUAAAGAUGAGGAACAUUGCAAGAAGGUAAAUGAGUACCUCAACAAUCCUCCCACCCCUGGAUCAUCCCGUGGAGCUGGAGGCAGUGGUUUGCCAUCAGAGCUCUCAGGUCUUGGGGAGCAGGAUCUGCAAAGUAUUCUGGGAGGGAUGAGCCAGCAGCAACUGAUGCAGCUCCUGGGUGGUGUAGGUGUUGGAGGUCCUGGCGGUGGCCUACCAUCGCUCAUGGUGCGACCUGGUAGUGCUCAGUCGACUGUUUCAGAACCGCCAAUGCGAGCUCAGUCCUCCAGUGGAAGCCGGAGUACAGCAACGGCCGACAGUGUGAUGUCCCAGCCCCGCCCCUUGACAGCAGCAGCCCUUCCCUCACAGCCAGCUGCCAGCACUGCCACGCCCGUCACACCCUCAUCAAGUGGGAGUGGGACUGGUAGCAGCGGUACCGGCAGCAGCGGUACAGGCAGCGGCGGUACCGGCAGCGGCGGGGGCAGCAGUAGCAGCAGUAGCAGCACAGCGGCCGCUUCCACCAGUGGAGGUGCAGGAAGGCCACAGAUACAGCUCAGUGAUCUACAGAAUAUACUCUCCACCAUGAACGUGCCAGCUUCACAAAAGGAAGGUCUAGACCUUGCCCAGGCACUCAGUCCCGAAGCUAUGAUCCCCCUGUUGGCCAACCCAGAUAUCCAGAAGAAGCUGGUGGAGUUCCUUCCAGAAGGAGAGUCUCUUCCCAAAACCGAGACUGAGCUCAAAAACACCAUACAGUCCCCCCAGUUUAGCCAGGCCCUGACUUCCUUCAGUGCAGCACUACAGUCCGGCCAGUUAGGUCCGCUGAUGACACAGUUUGGGCUUGGGGAGGAUGUCGCCAACGCUGCUGCAGAGGGAGACCUGGAAGCGUUUGUGAAGGCCAUGCAGGAGGGCAUGAAGAAGAAGAACAAGGAGGAAGACAAGGAUAAGGACAAGGGGGAGGAGAAGAUGGAGCAGUGACGAGGCCCACCCUUCCAUACACAGUGCUGCACACUCCAUGCUGACUCCCUGCUUGUCAAAAACUAUCCUUUGCAUGAUUUUCUUGAUUUUGUAAGUCAUCAAAUUUCAGGGUUCGAACUUAACACUAGCCUGCUAGCCCGAAUACAAAUUGUGACAUCUCCCCAUGUUUUAUCUUUACAAGGGCAUUUUAUCUUCACCCGGGCUAGUAGGGUUUAGUUCUAACCCUGAAUUUGAAAUAAUAAAUAGCCAUUUUGUAUUGCAUGGUUGCAUAUAAUAAUCAUACGGUUUGGUUCUCAUAUCAGGUCUUGAAUGAAUGCUUAGCAUUUUCUGAGACCAAAAUAUAUAAUGAUCGGGAGGUGCCACUGUAGAGGCCACUAGCUUGGUUGUUUAUAUAAUUCAUUUCAAAUACAAUACUGAUGAUGUGUGCCAUAUGAUGUGGUUUACAGCCAAUAAAAUGUAUUGAUAUUUA